CGCUUUUAAGAGCCGGCUCCCGCGGCCUCUGCUGAGUGCGAGUCGUGGGCUGCGGCUAUGGAGGCGCCCGGCGACGGAGGGCGGCGGAGGCGGCACGCACUGCUGGCCGUGAUCGGGGAGAUCGGGACGGAGCCGGAGCGGGAGGCGCUGCGUCACAGCCUGGAACGCGGUCUUCGCUCAUGGCACAUUGACCUUCAAUUCUGUGACCUGAAUAAGCAGCUCAAACUCUUUGUCACAUGUCAUCUUGCCCACUUUUCAUCAGAGGUCAAAGGUCAGAGGACCCUCCAUCACCAGAGCGAGGACCUGGACACCGUCAUCUUAGUCAAUCCUGACGAGUGGAGCGCUGUGUCAGAGGUCCGUUCUUUGAUAUGUGGCCCUUCUGCCCACAAGCUGCUAGUCCUGUGUGGGCAAACCUCUGACCAGGGAGGUGAUUUGAUUCUGCAGACUGGGACUUUCACCUACCAGAAACUCACCGGCAUAUUUGCAGAUCCAGAGGUCACCCAGCUUCUCAGUAAUACCAAUCCAGCUUCUAAAACCUCCCUCACCAUAUCGUGCUUGGGAGAAGGAGAUUGGAGAAAUCUUCGACACUCCAGUUUCCAAGACCUUUUUUGCCUGAGAGUUAAUCCUGAUUCAGUCCUGCCUGAGAUGGAUGGGAUAUCUGAAUUUGCUGAAUAUGUCUCCGAGACAGUGGAUGUCCCAUCCCCCUUUGAUCUUCUGGAACCCCCAAACUCGGGGGGGUUUCUAAAGCUCUCCAAGCCCUGCUGCUACAUAUUCCCAGGAGGAAGGGGGGACUCUGCUCUCUUUGCUGUCAAUGGAUUCAACAUUCUGGUUGAUGGUGGCUCAGACAGGAAGUCCUGUUUCUGGAAACUGGUCCGACAUCUGGAUAGGAUUGACUCAAUUCUCCUGACCCAUAUUGGAGCUGACAAUCUCCCUGGUAUUAAUGGACUCUUGCAGAGGAAGAUUGCUGAGCAGGAAGAAGAGCAGUCACAGGGAUCCACUAACUACAGUGACUGGAUAAAAAACCUUCUGUCCCCAGAGCUUGGGGUGGUUUUCUUCAAUGUUCCUGAGAAGCUUCGAAUGCCAGAGUCAUCCAUGAAAGUUAAAAGAAGCAUUGCAGAAGCCAGCCUGACCCUGCAGUACCUCAACAGGCUAAGCAUCAAGCCAGAGCCUCUCUACAGAGUGGUCACCAAUACUGUUGAGCCAAUCACUCUGUUCCACAAAAUGGGUGUUGGGAAAUUGGAUAUGUACAUCUUGAACCCCGUCAAAGAGAGCAAGGAGAUGCAGUUUCUCAUGCAGAAGUGGACUGGAAACAGUAAAGCCAAGACAGGCAUUAUCCUUAGCAAUGGGAAAGAAGGGGAGAUUUCGGUUCCCUAUCUAACAUCCAUCACAGCCCUUGUAGUGUGGCUUCCUGCAGGACCAACAGAAAAAAUUAUACGAGUUUUGUUUCCAGGAAAUGCACCACAAAAUAAGAUUUUGGAAGGUCUUGAGAAACUCAAGCAUCUUGAUUUUCUGAAGUAUCCUGUAGCUACCCAGAAAGAUAUGGCUUCUGUCACACCCUCUUCUGUGCUUAAACAGUCCAAGAUUAAACAACGGACAGACAGUAAAGAGAGCCUCAAAUUAUCCCUUAAGCCGCCUACAACAAAGAUAGUUACUGAAGAGGGCUCUAAAGAGAUGAAGAUGGAGACAGUAAAAGAGGCUAAAACUGAGAGAAAGGGAAAAGAGCAUUCUGAAAUGCUUCAAGAGAAAUUGGUUAAAACAGAGAAAGUAAAAAUUGACUCCAGCGAUGCCCUUAAAGCUGAGAAAAGAAAACUUGCCAAAGACAAAGUUGGCAAAAAACAUCUGAAAGAGAAAAUUUCUAAACUGGAAGAAAAGAGAGACAAAGAAAAGAAAGAUGUUAAAAAGGAGAAGAGGGAGAUUAAAAAAGAUGAUGGGAAAAAAGAAGAAAGGAAAGAUUCAAGGAAAGAUGAAAAAAAGAAAGAAGCUAAAUCAGAGUUGAAAAAAAUUUCUAAGCCAGACUUGAAGGCAUUUACCCCUGAAGUAAGGAAGACUUUAUACAAGGCAAAAGUUCCCAGUAGAAUUAAAACUGAUAAAGUUCGUACUAAAAGUGAAAAGUGCACCACUGGAGAACAGAAGCCUCCAGCUGUUCCAAAAAACCAGCAGCAGCCUCAAGGCCCACCAUUUAUAGCUGAGGAGAGGCUUGUGAUAUCUUCCCCAGAGGACCUGACCAAGGAUUUUGAGGAGCUGAGUUGUGAAGAGCCAAAAGAACCUCAUCCUGCCUCUGCUCCUUUAGUGGCAGAGGCAGUCUCCAAGCAUACGGAAAGGCAGGAUCCCUGUGACCUAGCUGCUGAAAAGGGGGUGCUGAUAUCCAAAGGGACCAGUAGUUCAGGAUUUCCUUCUCUGGCCAUGCCAGGGGAGGAGAUGGUUUUCCCAGAAGGUGAGGUGGUAGAAGCAGGCAAAUCAUCUGAAAAACCCAAUGAAAGAGCAACCCUAGCAGAGCCUCUUGGGCAAGAACUGGAUGAGAACAUGAGAAGGAGUGUUGGAGAAUUUCCAGGAAAAGGGAAAGAUCAGAUACUAUCACAUAGGGAAGAAAAAACUGCUGCUUCAGGAAGGGAUUGGGUGUCCGCAAGAGAAGACGCAAGCUUGAAAAAGAAAGAUGUGUUUAAAAAGGCAGAGCUGGAAUGGACAUUAGAAGAUGAUGUAAAGGCAAAAGAUGAAGAGUUAGUAAAGAAAGAGCUUUCUCAAGUUCAGCUGCCUCAAGACCCAUCUUUGCUUUCUGAUGGGAAAGGAAAAGAACACAAGACAGAAAGAGUGAACUCAAGCAAAGUACCUGGGAAGUCACCAGGGAUAAGGGAAAGGGAGGACUCUCAUUUGGGAGGCAUGCCUUUCCCAUCAGGAGAACAUAUUUCCUACAUCCAAGACGAAACCAUCCCCGGCUACUCAGAGACAGAACAGACCAUCUCGGAUGAGGAGAUCCAUGAUGAGCAAGAGGAGAAGAUGGCACACUUCAAGCCAGACAUUGGCAGUUAUGACAUUGCAGGAUCAGAUCAGACAGACACCUUUGAAGUUGCCAAUGGGAUCCAGACUCUUACAGCACCUGAAGUUGCCAAAGGACAGGAACCUGAAAUCCUUGCCUAUCCUACAAAUCUUGUGGCAGCCCCUUUGGCAGAAGAGGAGCAUGUCUCUUCAGCAACAUCCAUUACAGAAUGUGACAAACUUUCCUCCUUUGCCACUUCUGUCGCUGAAGACCAAUCAGUUGCAUCAAUCACAGCGCCACAGACAGAAGAAACAGGCAAAAGUUCUUUCCUGUUGGAUACAGUGAACAGCAUACCUUCCUCUCGAACAGAGGUCACCCAAGGCCUAGAUUACGUACCUUCUGCUGGUACUAUUUCUCCCACAUCUUCCCUAGAAGAGGACAAAGGCUUUAAGUCUCCUCCUCCAGAAGACUUCCAUAGUCAAAUCGAAAAUGAGCAGAAACUUGAAGCCUGCAAGAAAGUUUUACAGCAGCAGCAGCAAGAAAUCUCACACUUUGAGAGGCCUUGGCAAGCAGAAGAACAUUAUGAUGCCCUACUGUUUUUACAACAAGGGCCCCUGGGAGAUAGUUCCGGUGAUAUAUCUAUGGAAGGACCUCAAGAAACAACCCUGCUUUUGAGCGAAGCAAAUGCACACUUGUUGCAUGUACAACAAGGCUCUGGCGAUGCUGAAGAUCGCUGCAUAAGCCCUGAUGAUAGCACAGUCAAGAUGGCAUCUCCCACUAGUGCAGGGCACACACCUUUUCAUCAAUCCCCUAUAGAGGAAAAAAUGGACUCCACAGAAGCAGAGAUGUUUGAAAAGGCAGCAAAAUCUCCUAUAAUGGGGAUUGAAGUAGAAAGACCCAACAGAGCAAUGAAUGUAUCCAGAACAUUUGAAGGCGAGGGGAAGCAUCAUGAAAUCAAGGAGAUGUGCCUUCAUGACAUGCAUGGCCUGGAAGCAGCAGCCAUCCUGCGUGCAGGAUUUUUAUCUGCACCGAAUGAAGUCAGGAGCCAGCAUUUGGAGAAAGAGGAGCUAGCAAUAAGCUUCUACCACAAACAAGAAACUAUUGAUAUUUCUGACCUGGAGCUUCCCACUAAAGAUAACCUUCUAGAGACCUUAAAAGAUGCAUCAUCUAAAAAUAUUGGCACUGCCAAGGAAGCUUCCCAUGAACAUAUUGUUAGGCCUGGGACUGAAGAGUUCUCUGCUUCAGAAAUACCACCACCAAAAGGAUGGGAAGCAAUUUCAGACAUAUCUAGAGAUGAAAAAUCUUCACAAAUCAUUAAUUUACCAGGGGAAGAAAAGGCAUCUUCUUUUACAGAUGAAAUCCCUGGGAAGACAUCAUAUUCUGAUAAUUUUAUCACUGAAAUAUUUCAAGUGGGUUUGCAUUUGACAGAAACUGGCUUAGAGCAAAAAGAGUCUGCUUCUUCAGAAGAUAGUAAAUUUGUUUUGAGUCUUCAUGAAGAAACCCCUUCAUAUUUAUUCAAAGAAGAAAUUUCUCCAAGGGAUGCUACACUUCUGCUUAUGAAAGAGAGCCCUACUAAAGAAACAUCAUUGGGCAUGCUUGGGGAACAAGUGUCUCCUAAAACUAAACACCAAGCUUCAGCAGAAGAGAGUCCAAGUACAGAUGAAAGAUCAGAAGCUGAUAUAAAAGAGGAUCCAUGCAGUUCCUCUUUAAAUUUUCAGCAAAGUCCAUUUCUAGAUGCCACCAUAAUAAAGCCUUCAGCAGACCCUUUUCUGGAAAAUGAAAGAUCAGCUUCUUUAACAGAAAAACAAACUUGCAAGGAACUGUCUCCCAAACAAACAUCUCCAGAAUCUAAGUCCUCAAGCUUCACAUCAGUGAGCCCAGUUUUAGAUAGCAGUGCCUUGGAAGUUUCAUCUGGAGAGAAAGAGCCUUGUCAAUUUAUAGGAAAGAAAGAGAAAAUAAAUGAUCUAUCUCCAAAAAUAGAAAAUCCUUAUAUGAGAGAAAUAAAUUACGAGAAGAAAGUGUGGUUUCCAGAGGUAAUGAACAAAGUACCAUGCAAAGAACAGCAAAUGAAAUAUGACAAAGAAAAGGGAGAGUCUACAUUUUUGGAUGACAAGGUAGACAUAUCUACUAAGAAGGAAGAAAACAUUUGCUCUCUGGAGAGUGAAGACAUUCCCAAACAGGAUAGUUUGGAUGCUGAACAUGGCUCCUUUCAGGGAGACCCUGCUAACGAGAAGGAUGGCUUUUUAUUUGUAGAUGACAAGCCUACGUUUAAAGAAAAGCCAGCUCCCCAAGCACAUCCCAAUCAAGAUAUUUUGAAUUCAGAGAAAGUUGAGCUUUGUAGUUUUGAAAAUAGUCCCUCUUUUGAACUUGAAAAUAAGCCAAAAUCAAGUCUGGAAUGGACUUUUUUGUCCUUUCCACACCAGGCUAAGAUGCCCAUUUCAGGGCAAGGAGAAGAAGAAGAACCUCUCCCUCAAUCUAAUCAAGUAAUGGAGAAAGUGACCUCACACCCAUCUUUUGACCCCAUGAGUGAAGCUAUGGAGUCCCAGGAAGGAAAGCAAAAUGCUGAUGAGAAAUCACCUGAUCACGCAGAUGCCAGUAGAAAGCAGCCAAGAACUUCUGCAACUCUUCUGAAUGCAGGGCCAGAGGAGAAUAGACAGUUUUAUCCUGACCAAGAUUGCAGAGGAAGCAGAGAUCUUGACAUCCCUUCACAAGACACACACUCCUUUGGCCAAAGCAAAUGCUCUAUGUGGUCAGGUGCUCUGGACCCCUCCAGUUCUUUGGAGUCGCACGAUUCCAAUGCGAAGGCAGGUGAGAAAGGGCAAGAGAAUGAAGAGAGGGAACCAACUCCCUACCCUCAUGAAAAAACUUUCCAGUAUGCUGAUGUCUAUAGGAGUGUGAUGAUGUCAGAUGUUGGCCGUCCUGGAAAGGAUGCAGUGACCAAGAGUACUCAAGCCUUGAGCCCUCAGAAGGAGGAGUUCCUCUACCCCAUUUCCUCCAAAGAAGAAGAUUCUUACCUCUCCACUCCUACUGAGAAAGAACUCUCAUCCCCAAGUUCGCCAAAGGUUACAAUGGAGCAUUCCUUUAAGUAUGCGGAGGUUACUGAGCAGUGUUUUCAGGAUCCACAUUCCAUGAUAUCCACAGACACACAAUCUAAAGAAAGCCCACCAGAAAGCCCAAUGAACCUCCAACCUGCCUCCUCUUUGGGAGAUACAACCUUCAGGGACAUGUUUAAACAGAAAGAUCUAAUCAUUUCCCCUGAAAAGAUGAGCCCUUCAGAUAGAAAACCCAGUAAGAAGCAGGAGUCCUCAAUGGGUUUUCAUGCCAAAGAUAUUUAUUAUGAGAAAGCUGAAAGAGAAGAUAGCGCUAGUGACUCAGAGCUGGAGAAAGGUGCCAAGGAGAGGUCAGAAAAAGAAUCAGGGUCUCCAAUGGUAAAGCACAAAGAACUCUAUACUGUGUCAGAGAAGGGUAACAUCUCUGUCCCAGGACAAGAAAUCUAUGAUGGGUCAUUGGGAGAGGGAAGUCACUCCAAGAAAACAGCCAGUGGCAGCCUUGCAGAUCUCAGCAGACAGGAAGGGGGCUCAAAUAUGUCCCAGGUGGUCAUCGAACAAUACUCCAAGGAGGAAGAGCAAAAGAGCCUCUUAGAAAAAGCCUGGGAUGAUGUUGACCCCAAAAGCUUUUCACCUGCAGCCUCUGCUAAAGACAAGGACUCCCCAAAGGGACCCGUCCUCCUUCCUAAAGGACUUGAUUGUUCUUCCUCUGGAUUUGAACUUUCCUGUCUGGAAAAGCAUGAGCCAUCCAUUUUGUUCAGACAUGAAGCCCGUUUCUCCUCCCACUUGGAACAUAAAUCUCUCAUCUUAAACAUGCCUGAACCUGCUUCUUCAGGGAAAGCCCAAGAAGAUGAAUACUUAGAGGUAUCAAAAAAGGGGGAUUCCCCCUUUGUAGAGCUAUAUGAAGAAGAAGGAAAGCUCCCUUUGUGGACAUCUCCAGAGUAUUCAAUUCACAAACAGUCAUCCAGCCCCACUGAGGAACCUUUCUCAGGGACCUCUCUCUCUGCAGGGCAGCCAACAGGUGGCAGCCCCUUCCCCAGCCUCCAAUACAUCUCGGAGGCCCAGAGCCCACACAUCACCUCUCCACUGCUUUCAGAAGAGGCUGCUUUAGAUGCGGUAGAGGAUGUGGCCUCUGCCAGCACAAAGGCCAGGCAGCCAUCAAAAGCCACUUGCACAGUUGGCUGUUGUCCACAGCCAGCAAGCCCCCAAGAAUGGCCAGCAGCCGCCACUCCCCUUCCUAAUGCCCUGGCCACUUCUCUUCAUGAUCAGCAGGAGGCAGGAGCGACAGUUAAUGGCCCCACAGAAGUCAGCCUCAGUCCACUCACUUUCUAUGAUUCAUCACCCAUUUCAGAAAAAUCUAGGUGGGUAGUGGAGGAGCAGGAGGAGGUUAGUGCAAGGCAGAGCCGUCCCCUGUCCCUGUUGAGCCCUUCCCAGGAGGACUUCCCAAAUCCUCGGUUGAGCAGCCAAAGAGAGGAGCACGGGGAGACUUGCCAAGCAGUAGAACCAGGCUUCAAAGCCAUAUCUAACUGUGGCCAGAAAGCAUAUGAGCGUAAACAAAGAAAGGGUGAAUUAUCUCCAUCAUUCAUCAACCCAAGCCCUCACGAUUCAUCAGAAGACAGUGAGUUUUCACAGGUUAAAGGGCUUAUUUCAGUAAAAGGAAAGCCACAUUCAGUUCCUGGUGGCCAUAGACCAACUACUUCUGCUCUGGAAGAAACUCCUCCCACCUCUGCCAGUGAUUCAGGGACUUCUCAGUCAGACUCAGAUGUUCCUCCUGAAACAGAGGAAUGCCCCUCAAUUACAGCUGAGGCAGCCCUGGACUCAGAUGAAGAUACUGAUUAUCUCCCAGUAGACAAAGCUGCAGGCAGUUCCCAGCAUGGCACAAAGUAUGGCCAGGACCCACAACCUGCUUCCUUGCCAGACCCUCAGCCUCAGACUCCACAUCCAGAUGUCUGCAUGAUGGAUCCUGAAAUGUUGCUGAUUGAGCAGAACAUGAACAGACUUGACAAGAUAUCCAAGAAGGGCAUGAAGGAGAAAAAUAAAGCAUUGAAGAAGCUACUGGGCAAGUCCAAGUCCUCCGCCCCAUACCAAAAAGCUGAUAAAUCAUUACUUAGUCCCAUGAAGCAACCAUCUGACAGGUCUUCAAAACCAGGGAUAGCCAAGAAAGAGAAAUUGCUCAAGCCACCCAUGGAAGACCGAGAGGAGGGUUCUCGAAGCGCCCACACCAGCCCUGGCAAGAGCCUCAUCAAUGGUGUCAAAGCUGGCCCAGUUUCCAGCAGCCCCAAAAGCUCCUCCACAUCACCUGGACCACCUGUCUACAUGGACUUGGCUUACAUCCCCAACCAUUGCAGUGGGAAAAACGCAGACCAAGAGUUCUUCAGGAGAGUCCGAGCUUCUUACUACGUUGUCAGUGGGAAUGACUCCAGUAGUGGGGAGCCAAGUCGUGCUGUCCUGGAUGCCUUGUUGGAGGGAAAAGCCCAGUGGGGGGAGAAUCUCCAGGUAACCCUAAUCCCAACCCAUGACACAGAAGUGACACGGGAAUGGUACCAGCAGACACAUGAGAAACAGCAGGAGCUGAAGAUCAUGGUCUUGGCCAGCAGCAGUACUGUGGUGAUGCAGGAUGAGUCUUUCCCUGCAUGCAAGAUAGAGUUCUGAGGUCUGAGCUUCCCCUCCUUUCCUUCCCCUCCCACGCAGCACUUGGAAGACCCAUCUGCUCCCCACUGCUUGAUUUGUUGCCUUUCCUGAGCGUCAGCUGAACUCAGCAAGAGCAGCACUCCAUCCGUGUGUGGUUCUUGCUUGCCAGAGCCCCCAAGACCUGUCCCACAUGCCUGGAGACGUGUGCAGAGUGGCCCCACCACUUCUUUGCUCUCCCUGGAAUUGCUACCAAGGAGUUCAGCUCCCUUGAUUUGGUUUGUCUGCCCUAUCUGCCCUGUUCCUUCUCAUCCCAUGGCUGAACUCCCUCCUGCUGGAUUCGUGGAUCUGGCUCUUGGACAAUCCUAGGAGGGAAUGUUGGGGACCCCACUGGAAGAAGACAAAGGCCUGAUGGAGAAGGCAAGGCUCUUGCCCUCUAGAGCAAGCCAAGCAAGGAGGUGGCCACAAGGCCCUACUUUCUGGGGAAGCUGAACCGAAGAGACGGUCUCAAGAGAACAGACAUAAAGUGGCAAAUGCUACUUUGGCAACUCAGGCCCUUCAGAGAGAUGGCACAACCCAUCUUCCCCUCUGUGGCACAAUAAUUUGAAUGGGGGAGGUUCCUGUGAUGAUCUGUGCCCAGGCUGCCCUUUUGCCCUUGUCCAAGGGCCUGAGGCUGGGAUGGCGUCUGCCACUGCACCCACAGCUCUCAUCCUCUCAAAGGCCCAGCUGAAAGCAAAAUCUUUCGCUUUCUGUGCCGAGGGCUUUCUGGAUCAGCACAUCCAUGCAAAGCUGUCUGUGCCUGGGAUGGGUGGGCGGUUGAGGCAGCAGCAUUGGGAACUGUCCGGUGCAGUGCUGAGCAGGUUGCAAGAAAGCCUCCCUUUGUCCUCUGCAGGUAUAGAUCAGCUUGGAAGAACCAGAUGAUACCUGGCACUCUUCAAAGGAGAGGGCAGCUGAGGAGAAAUAGAGCAGUGGUAUUUUUUUCUAGUUAUUGUUUAAUUUUUUAAUGACAUGUAUUUUUUCAUGUACAGGUAUAGUUGUUUUGCAUUUGUGUUUAAAAUGUUUUGACUUUUAUUGUAGGCUCUUAACUCCCAGGUCACAGGGUACUCACGUUUCUAAAUGCUGCAAACUGACAGAGGAUGAAGAAUUAUCCCUCCCCCCCAUCACAUUUGAAUUCUUUGGUCUGCAGGAGCCCAGAUCAGCCUUGGGACACCUGGUUCUGGAUGAGGGGAAAUGCAUGCCAACCUUUGUGGUUCUCGUGGCUUGAAUUGCUGCCCUUCUGACUGGUGUUUAGCUAGCAGACCAAGUGUAUGUCUGUAGUUAGACAAGUGAAUGUUCUGACCCACUGAUGAAUGUGUCUUAGAAGCUGAAGCUAAGGGGGGGGGAGAGACAAAGAACUGUUCCUUCCUCUUAGGCAGUAGAAGGUCUCUGACCCAUCUGCUCCUCCUCUUCUUCCUCACACAGCCCUGCCUGAGAGUCACUCCAGUAUUUUGUAAUUUUGAAGCAAGCUUCAGCAGUCUCUCCUUGCCCAUUUUACGGCAAAAUUUAUAAAAAUGAUUGCUCAUCCUUAGCCAUGAGAACCAAUUUGACCUUUGGCAGCCCAAGGAGAAAAAUACUGCUUCUGCUGUUCCUGCAUGUGGCAAUUAGUACCCGAGUACUCCUGUUCCUCUGACUCACUUGGCCUCGGGGCAAAGAAAGAGAAGCCACACAUCUGCUGAGUGUGGUGGAAGUCUCAACUAAACAGCACAGUUCUCCUCUGGCCCUUUGGCUCCCCGUUAGGUCUGUCCCCCUCCAACAUCUCGCCUGCCUUCAUUUCUGUGUGCAAUACGCUGUAAUGCUAAUAUCCGCAAAGGAAUGGGUCUGCGCUGACCAAUAAAGCAACAUUAACCACA